AUGGCGGAACCAAUGGACAUCUCAUCACCAGACCUUUCGCGUAAACGCUCACUACCAGACGACGACCAGACUUCUGUCUCAAAAUCAGAGAGCCAGGUGCCCACUCCACCUCUCACUGCUAGUCCCGCCAACAAAGAUUCCAUUCGUCAAGCGAGUCCAGCACCAAGCAGUUCAGCCUUGAGCAGUGCCCCGUCGGGGACCAAUGACCAACCCGCCGACCCUAACGCUCCACCAAAGAAACGAAGAAAGUACACUCCUGCCGAGAAGGAAGAGAGACGUCUGGAGAAGGAAAAGAAAGACAAGGAGAAAGCUGAGCUCAAGUUGAAAAGGGACGAGGAAAAGCAGAAGAAGGAUGAAGAAAAGCGUCGCAAGAAUGAAGAAAAGGAAGCGAAGCAGCGCGAAAAGGAUCUGAAGAAGGCCAGAGAAGAAGAGGAGAAGCAGAAGAAAGCACGCGCACAACCCAAGAUUGCUUCGUUCUUCAAGACGCCAUCCUUGAACAAAUCUCCAGCGGCCUCUACGCCAGUGCAACCCUCUCCAGCCAAAGAGAACACCACGAGCUCAGAACCCGUCGACACAGAUGUGCCUAUGACUUCUCCAACACCAAAGAAGUCACCCCAGCAGAGCGAUUACCGCAAGACCUUCUUGCCAUUCCAACUCAAGGCACACACUAAGUGCGCCCCUUACGUUCCGGCCCUCAGUUCCAACGAGCUGCAAGUUUCACAAGAAGAGAUGGACAAAGUCCUUCAACACAUCACAACCAAGGCAUCGCCCACAUCCUGUUUAAAGGCCCUUUUCGCAGAGGAGAGGGUCCGUUCACGCGGCCUCUGGCAACCCACUGCCCGCGAAGUCAUCGAGUCAAUACAAGGCUCAUCACAAGUUCCAAUCGACCUGACUGAUGAAUCAGGCGAGCACUACCGUCCCGCCGACCUCCUCAAUUCCUUAACCGUUCGUCAUCUUCACUUCGGCGAGGAUGUGAGACCAGCCUACUACGGCACGUACUCACGGAAGAUCUCUUCCGCCAACGCCGCAACACUACGUAAAAACCCCUUCAGCAAACUCAGGGAAGAUACCAACUAUGACGAUGACUCCGAAGCUGAAUGGGAAGAGCCAGAAGAGGGAGAAGACAUUGGCUCUGAUGGCGAGGAAGACGAGGAGAGUGUAGGCGAUGCAGAGGAGAUGGAUGAAUUCUUGGAAGACGAUGCUGCCGACAGCAAACGACACAUGAUCACUGGUGACCUCAAGCCAGUCAGCACGGGUCUAUGCUGGGAAGAUGUUAAGGGCGGAUUCAAGUCUUCAACUGAAGAAUCUCCUUUUGAUCUCGACAGUAUGAAGAUCGACUUCUUCAUUCCUCUCACUAAGCCUUCCAUCAACCCGUUUUCAACGAGCUACUGGCAGGCUCCAUCUUUACCAGCUGUUGUUGCUGCCAAGACUAGUGGCGGUCAGAUGCAGCUGGACGGCAAGAUGAAGCCCCCCAAGACUCCUUUGAUGCCACGCUCAAACACAAACGACACUAUGACCAUUAUCGGUGCCUCGUCUGGCAUGAAGGGACCGAUCAUGAGCGUGGCCUCUACAAAGGCUGCAAAGCCAGCUCCCAAGCCUCUGCAGGGACCAGAACUAGCCGAGUUCAAAGACGCUGUCGACGGCAGCAACCUCACCAAGGUUGAUCUGCUCAAAGCUCUAAAGAAGAGAUUCCCUAAGCACACCAACGACACGAUCAAAGCAACAUUGUCAGUUGGCUUCGCUCGCGUUGGCCAGCACGAAGCGGACAAAGUCUGGAAGGCUGUUGCCGCAUAA